UUCUUCCUCUCUCCUGGCGUUCCUCUUUCCUCCAUGCUUUUUCUCAUCAAUUUCGACGUUCCUUCGCUUCAGACGAAUUCCAACUCGUAUUUGUUAUUAAAUUUUGAAAUGCCUGUUCCUUAAGAGGGCUGAAUUGAAGGAAGGGGGAGUGAAAGAAAUUUCAGAAAUGAGAUAUGAGAAUGCAUUGAAGAAUAUGUGAAAUUGAAUGGAAGCCAGUAGGUAAUCUGUGGUUAAUGGUUGAAGUUGUGGAAAUUGUGGUGGUAUUUGGAAGCUAUUCUACUACACAGACAAUUUUUUAGUUUAUUGAAAGGUCCAUCCAUUUUCUCAAUUAGAUAAGAUGAACUGGAUGAGGGGGUGGAGCUGUAUUACAAGGCAAUCAAGAUGGAGAAUACCAAGACAUUGUAUGACAGUGGAUAGGGAUCAGAAUCAGAUUUUGUACAUCCAAAAAUGUUUCUUGAAUUCAAGUCAACCAGCAGGAGACCCUUCUGAAAAUAACUCAUUGCCAAUGUCUACGCUGCCUCAGGAUUUCAUGACAAGAGAUUUUUUUGUACGGCUUUGGACUGCAGAUAGAAAGAAAAGAAAGGUUUCUAGUAAAGAAAAUCAUAAACUUCUUAACUUCCAGGGUACUCAUGAAGCAAAUGUUGAUGCCAAAACAUUAUUUGAAUCUUUCGGAAUGCCAUUUUCACGUGCUUCCGUUGUCAAUAAGAUGUCUCAUAGAAAGGUGAAGUCAGACUUGAAGCAACCACCUACUAGUCAAUCUGUCACAGGUCUAUUGCAACCAGUUUCUUCGGAGGAGUCCGUGGUUGCACCCCUUCUUGCAAGAUCCAAUUUGCUGAUAACAAGGGAUAUAGAGUGGGCCAACUUGGUUCUUGGUUUUGAGCAGGAAAAUCGCUAUGCCAUUGUUGAUGUCUGCUACCCACAUGCACCUGUAGGGUUCAUUCGUGAACAGAGUAAUGUGAUCAUGAGACAGUUGCUUCGGCUAAGACGCCCUUUCACUGCAUACAUAACUGAUGGUUUAGGUAGUGAACUUUUCAGGGUGAGAAGACCCUUUUGGUGGAUCACUAGUUCAAUCUAUGCUGAAAUAAAUGGAAAAGAAGUUGGUGUUGUCCAUAGAAGAUGGCAUCUCUGGAGGAGAAUUUAUGAUCUCUACUUGGGGAACAAACAAUUUGCUGUUGUUGAGAACCCUGGCCUUUGGAACUGGACCUUUACUUUGAAGGACAUUGAUGGAAAUGUAUUGGCUGAAAUAGAUCGUGACUGGAGGGGCUUUGGAUUUGAGAUUUUCACUGAUGCUGGUCAGUAUGUGAUUCGUUUUGGGAGUGCAGAUUCUGGUGUCGGGCCUGCUCCUGGGGUUCAAGAGUUAGAGGUAACAAGGUCGCUUACUCUGUCCGAAAGAGCAGUUGCUGUUGCACUCGCUAUUUCACUUGAUAAUGACUACUUCUCCAGACAUGGGGGCUGGGGAUUUCCAUUUAUGGUUAUUGAUGAUUGAUUGCUGGCCAACAAUGCCCGUAGCUGCUGCUGAUGUAUUCGACUACUUUGAAUCCGGUGCGAUUGUGCAUUUUAUUCAAAAUUUAUAUCUGUGGCACUCUUGGCCUACCAACAUUAUUGAUACUACACUGGACUGAGUUAUUUUGUUGAGAGAACACAUACAUACAUACAUGAUACUACAGUUGGUUGUGGCCGAGUAUUGUGUGUAUCUUUAACUAGUAUCGUUUAGUCAUAUAAUUCUUCAA